AUGUCGACCAUUUUCGCCUCACAAGUCUUUAUAACCACAAAUUCCGGCCACUCGAAAGUCUCCCUCCGCCCCACAACCACCGCGAAACUCAACAACUCCGCCUCCACUCCGCCAAGCCUCAUCCGGAAAGAGCCCGUUUUUGCUGCACCCACACCGAUUAUACACCCACUUUUGAAAGAAGACAUGGGAAAGGACGCAUACGAGGAAGCCAUCGUUGCACUUGAGAAGCUUUUAAGUGAGAGGGAAGACCUCGGACCAACCGUCGUUGCCAAAAUCGGUGAAAUAAAAGCUCAGCUGCAAACAACCCAGGGAAGCGGCGGCAUCACCGCCUCGGCUUCAGCCUCAGAGUCUGUGGAGAGGUUGAAAAAAGGCUUCAUUCACUUCAAGAAAGAGAAAUAUGAGAAAAAUCCAGCUUUAUACGGGGAACUCGCCAAAGGUCAGAGCCCCAAGUACAUGGUGUUUGCGUGCUCCGACUCGCGCGUGUGCCCAUCGCACGUGCUCGAUUUUCAACCGGGCGAGGCUUUCGUGGUCCGGAACGUUGCUAACAUGGUCCCUGCGUAUUGCCAGACCAAAUACAGUGGAAUUGGGGCUGCCAUUGAGUAUGCUGUUCUGCACCUUAAGGUGCAAGAAAUUGUGGUGAUUGGGCACAGUGCCUGUGGUGGAAUCAAGGGUCUCAUGUCCUUCCCAUUUGAUGGAUCUUCGUCCACCGAUUUCAUCGAGGAUUGGGUGAAGAUCGGUUUACCCGCGAGGUCGAAGGUGCAAGCCGCGCACAAGGACAAGCCUUUCGGUGACCAAUGCGGGCAGUGCGAAAAGGAAGCUGUGAAUGUUUCGCUCGGAAACUUGCUUUCGUACCCGUUUGUACGUGAUGGUGUCGUGAACAAAACGCUUGCGCUCAAAGGCGGCUAUUAUGACUUUGUCAGUGGGAGUUUCGAGCUGUGGGGGCUCGAAUUCGACUUGUCUCCUUCUCUCUCUGUAAAAGAUGUGGCCACUAUACUGCACUGGAAGCUCAUGUAG